GUAGUGCUAAAGCAGCGCAGUGUAGCCACAGAGGGAUGGGUCACCCCAUCGUUCUGCCUCUCUCGGGAUUACUUAUUGAGCUUUUCCCAUCUCUGUACACCUUCCUUUAUCUCACACAUUUGGCGUCACUUAUUUUACGUUGUUACCCAGAGAGACAAGACUGAUCUGGAGUAGUCUAUUCAGAGAGCUGUCGUGGGAGGACUACAGCUUCUCUCUCUCUCUCUCUCGUUCUCUGGUUUACUUCUGAUCUUAUCCUAUACCCCUCCCUUCUUGCAUUGUUUCUUUCACAUACACUCCGUCACCUGUGCUGGAUGCUGUUACCCCGAGUGAGGAGGAUGAUCUUGAGUCUGGACUAGUCUAUUCAGGGAGCUCUUGUGUCUGUUUCAUUCUCUCUGCGCUUUUUGCAAAGAGAGCAGGUGGUCCAUCUCUGCCCUUGGGCAGAUAAGUCACCUGCUGUUACCAACCGGGCUCCUCUCGUCUCACCUCAUAUUUUUCUUCUUCUUGUGGAGAACGUGUGUCCAUUAUGGCGCACGCCGCGGCGCACCUCAAAAAGGCCCGGCUGGAGAUGGACCAGCCCGACACGAAGGCACUGGAGAAAGCUCGUGAGAGAAGGAGACGCUCACGAGAACGGGCUGAGCGCAAACGCAAGUCGGACAGCAACACCAGUUUCUUACGGGCUGCGAGAGCUGGAAACAUUGACAAGGUUCUGGAGUAUCUUAAGGGCGGUGUGGACAUCGGCACUUGCAAUCAGAAUGGACUCAAUGCUCUGCACCUGGCAGCUAAGGAGGGGCACAUGGAUCUUGUCCAGGAGCUACUGGAUAGAGGUGCCGCAGUGGACGCUGCAACGAAGAAAGGAAACACAGCUCUCCACAUUGCCUCUCUAGCAGGUCAGGGGGAUGUGGUGAAGAUCCUGGUCAAACGUGGAGCGGACAUCAAUUCACAAUCACAAAAUGGCUUCACUCCUUUAUACAUGGCUGCCCAAGAGAACCAUUUGGAUGUGGUUCGCUAUCUUCUGGAGAAUGGAGGAAAUCAGAGCACAGCGACAGAGGAUGGCUUCACCCCUUUGGCCAUUGCGCUACAGCAGGGCCAUAAUCAGGUUGUCUCCAUACUCCUGGAGAAUGACACUAAGGGGAAGGUUCGUCUCCCCGCCCUGCAUAUUGCUGCCCGUAAGGAUGACACGAAAUCUGCUGCCCUGCUGCUCCAGAAUGACCACAACGCAGAUGUCCAGUCUAAGAUGAUGGUCAAUAGAACUACUGAGAGCGGAUUUACACCACUGCACAUCGCAGCUCACUAUGGGAAUGUGAAUGUAGCGACGCUACUACUAAAUCGAGGCGCUGCGGUGGAUUUUACUGCAAGGAAUGGAAUCACACCAUUACACGUGGCAUCGAAGAGGGGAAAUACAAACAUGGUCCGGCUGCUGUUGGACAGAGGAGCCAAGAUUGAUGCUAAAACAAGGGAUGGCCUCACACCUCUGCACUGUGCGGCAAGGAGUGGACAUGACACAGCAGUGGAGCUCUUGCUGGAAAGAGGAGCUCCCAUUCUGGCCAGAACCAAGAAUGGCCUGUCUCCACUCCACAUGGCAGCUCAGGGUGACCAUGUCGAUUGUGUUAAACACCUGCUGCAGCACAAGGCGCCGGUGGAUGAUGUCACGCUGGACUACCUGACCGCACUCCAUGUUGCCGCUCACUGUGGCCACUACAGAGUCACGAAGCUUCUGCUUGACAAAAGGGCCAAUCCCAAUGCUCGGGCUCUGAACGGCUUCACACCUCUUCAUAUCGCCUGUAAGAAGAACCGAGUGAAGGUGAUGGAGCUUCUUGUCAAGUAUGGAGCUUCCAUUCAAGCCAUCACUGAGUCUGGCCUCACCCCUAUACAUGUGGCAGCUUUCAUGGGCCACCUCAGCAUUGUUCUCCUGCUACUUCAGAAUGGAGCUUCUCCUGAUGUCAGCAACAUACGUGGAGAGACAGCGCUGCAUAUGGCUGCUCGAGCUGGCCAGGUGGAAGUGGUGCGCUGCCUACUGAGAAAUGGUGCAAUGGUAGACGCAAGAGCCAGAGAGGACCAGACUCCACUCCACAUCGCCUCUCGGUUGGGGAAAACAGAGAUUGUCCAGCUGCUGCUGCAGCAUAUGGCACAUCCAGAUGCAUCUACAACCAACGGCUACACACCUCUGCACAUCUCUGCCCGUGAGGGACAGCUGGACGUAGCGUCAGUACUGCUUGAGGCUGGAGCUUCUCAUUCCCUUCCAACUAAGAAAGGAUUUACUCCCUUACACGUUGCAUCUAAGUAUGGAAGCCUUGAUGUGGCCAAGCUCCUGCUGCAACGUCGAGCCCCUCCAGAUGCAUCUGGGAAAAACGGUCUCACGCCUCUCCAUGUCGCUGCACAUUAUGAUAACCAGAAGGUGGCACUGCUGCUUUUGGACAAAGGGGCUUCACCCCACGCCACAGCCAAGAACGGAUAUACUCCCCUCCACAUAGCUGCAAAGAAGAACCAGAUGGAUAUUGCCACUACUCUAUUGCAGUAUGGUGCAGAAACCAACAUCCUGACCAAGCAGGGGGUGACGCCGCUUCACCUGGCCUCUCAGGAGGGCCACAGUGACAUGGCGGCUCUGCUGCUGGAGAAAGGGGCCCACAUUAAUGUGCCCACUAAGAGUGGCCUUACAGCUCUUCAUCUGGCUGCCCAGGAAGAUAAAGUCAGUGUUGCUGAAAUCUUAGUUAAAAACAAUGCCAACCUCGACCAGCAAACUAAAUUGGGUUACACACCACUAAUCGUCGCCUGCCACUACGGAAAUAGCAAGAUGGUCAACUUCCUUCUAAAAAAUAACGCCAGUGUCAAUGCCAAGACGAAGAAUGGAUAUACACCUCUACACCAAGCAGCUCAACAGGGCAACACACACAUUAUCAACAUUCUGCUGCAAUACGGAGCCAAACCCAAUGCUACCACUGCGAAUGGAAACACAGCCCUUGCCAUCGCUCGUCGCCUGGGUUACAUAUCAGUGGUAGACACAUUAAAAGUGGUUACAGAGGAGGUCAUUACUACGACAACCACGGUGACUGAGAAACACAAACUAAACGUGCCAGAGACCAUGACUGAGGUCCUUGAUGUGUCUGAUGAGGAAGGUGAGGAUACUAUGACGGGUGAUGGAGGAGAAUAUCUGAGAGCAGAGGACCUGAGGGAGCUGGGAGACGAUUCUCUGCCUGGGCAAUACUUGGAUGGCAUGAAUUACCUGAGAUUCAGUCUAGAAGGCAGCCGGUCCGAAAGUCGGUUCCAAAGUAUGGACAGGUCCUACAUGUCUAAUCGUUAUGGCUAUUACUCCCCAAAGCAUGAUGGGAUGUUGGAUGACACUAUCCACAGUUACCAGGUGUCAUCCCUUGCUAAUGAGAAGGACCCAUUUAGAUUGAACUGGGAAUCAGAAAACUUGGACAACAUUGCACUCUCCUCCAGUGCUGCUCACUCUGGCCAUUCCUCUCCGUGCCAUGAACAUGACAGCAGCAGCUUUCUUGUCAGUUUUAUGGUGGAUGCCCGAGGUGGUGCCAUGCGAGGAUGCCGCCAUAAUGGCCUACGCAUCAUCAUACCCCCCAGGAAGUGCAGUGCUCCAACAAGAGUAACAUGUCGCCUAGUGAAACGACAUCGCUUAGCGACCAUGCCCCCGAUGGUUGAAGGAGAUGGGUUAGCUAGCCGAAUUAUUGAGGUUGGACCCUCUGGGGCUCAAUUUCUUGGUAAGCUCCACCUCCCUACUGCCCCGCCCCCUCUGAAUGAGGGCGAGAGUUUGGUUAGCCGCAUCCUUCAGCUGGGGCCACCAGGGACCAAAUUCCUGGGACCAGUGAUUGUGGAGAUUCCGCAUUUUGCUGCUCUGAGAGGAAAGGAGAGAGAACUGGUGAUCCUGCGCAGUGAGACAGGAGAAAGCUGGAAAGAACAUCAGUGUGAAUAUACAGAGGAGGAGCUCAAUCAAAUCCUUAAUGGCAUGGAUGAAGACCUGGACCCUCCCGAGGAGCUGGAGAAGAAGCGUAUUUGCCGCAUAAUUACCCGAGACUUCCCACAAUACUUUGCGGUAGUCUCCAGGAUCAAACAGGACAGUAAUUUGAUUGGUCCAGAAGGUGGGAUUUUGAGCAGCACAGUGGUACCACAGGUCCAGGCUGUCUUCCCAGAAGGGGCACUUACAAAACGUAUUCGAGUUGGAUUGCAGACUCAGCCUGUGAAUGUAGACAUGGUGAGAAAGAUCUUGGGCAACAAAGCAACAUUUAGUCCUAUAGUCACCCUUGAGCCCCGUAGGCGGAAGUUCCAUAAACCUAUUACUAUGACCAUUCCUGUACCCAAGACUUCCACUGACCCUAUACAUAACGGCUUUGGAGGAGAUACACCAACACUCCGCUUGCUAUGCAGUAUCACAGGUGGAACGACACCAGCUCAGUGGGAGGAUAUUACAGGAACUACACCUUUAACUUUUGUCAAUGACUGUGUAUCAUUCACCACAAAUGUCUCUGCAAGAUUCUGGCUAAUAGAUUGUCGACAGGCCCACGAGUCAGUCAACUUUGCCACACAGGUGUAUCGGGAGAUAAUCUGUGUGCCAUACAUGGCCAAAUUUGUCAUCUUUGCCAAAACCCAUGACCCAAUAGAGGCACGCCUUCGCUGUUUCUGCAUGACUGAUGACAAGAUAGAUAAAACUCUGGAGCAGCAGGAGAACUUCACAGAGGUGGCUCGUAGUCGGGAUGUAGAGGUAUUAGAAGGAAAACCCAUCUAUGCCGACUGCUUUGGAAAUUUAGUCCCCCUCACCAAGAGCGGCCAACACCAUAUCUUCAGCUUUUUUGCCUUUAAGGAAAACCGGCUUGCCCUCUUUAUAAAGAUACGAGAUAACACUCAGGAGCCUUGUGGUCGAUUGUCCUUCAUGAAAGAACCGAGAUCAUACAGGAGUUUGGCUCACGAUGCCAUAUGCAACCUAAAUAUUACUCUACCAAUUUAUGCUAAGGAAUCAGAUUCAGACCAAGAGCCUGAUGAGGAGACUAGCCGAACACAUGGAAGAUAUGAUGAAGAUACAGAAAAUUCUACAGAGACAUCCAUCCUGAAAAGUCAAUUGAUUCGAGGUUCUCCUGCCCUUGCAAGCCCAGAUUUACUCUCUGAGGUGUCAGAGAUGAAACAAGAUCUUAUCAAAAUGACUGCCAUUCUGACCACUGAUCCAUCUGAGAAGUCAAACUCUAUGCAUGGGGGUAGUCUAGUGAAAGGGGUGGAGGAGGUGUCAGGGGAGCCUUUUGAAAUAAUGGAAAAGGUAAAAGAGGAUUUGGAGAAAGUUAAUGAAAUUCUAAGGAGUGGGACAUAUGAAGAUGAAGUUGUUGAAGAGUCAGCAAAAGCAGGAAGUCGUCCAUAUAGCAAGGAUGAGGAGUGGGUGCUUCUUUCAGAUUGUGAAAUUGAGGAGGCCAAAAUGAUGGCAGCUUUUGAGACCCAGGAGGCACUUCUUAAGGACAAUCGAGGUAGUCGUGGGUCACAGACACAAAAGGGUGUAGAUGGAGACCAUAAAGAGUACUUUCUGGAUGCACGUGUGACAUCUGGAGCUGCAGUGCAGGAGAGUGUGGCACAGGAAAAGUUCACAGAAAUUGUUUUGCGGAAAGGUGGCAAAAAAAUUGUACCAACUGUGCUCAAAGAUACUAAAACACAUGUGGCUGAAGUGAAAAAGCCCAUUAGAAGAAAAGGGCCUCAUGGGCAGAGUGAUGAAUACAAUUUGUCCCCUUCAAAAUCCGGUUCUGAAAAAACACAGCGAGAUGAUGGCCUCUUACAUGCCCCCUCGAACCAAAAAAAGUCACCUGUAUCUCCAGUAGUUGAAGAAACACCAAUUGGCUCAAUUAAAGACAAAGUUAAAGCUCUUCAAAAGAAGGUGGAGGAGGAACAAAAAGGCCGUAAGCAGACUGGCAGCAAGCCAUCUCCUGGGUCUUCAGGAAAAAAAUUAUCUCCUGUUAUUAAAGAGCCAAAAACACCACCCGCUAAAAAAACACAAGCUCCCAUAAAAUCACAGAAAAAUGAGUCAGAGAGACUAGAAGAGACUAUGUCAGUAAGAGAACUGAUGAAGGCUUUUCAGACAGGACAAGACCCUUCGAAGGGAAAGUCUGGACUUUUUGAACAUAAAGCAAGUUCUGGAGCAAAACACACAAAACCAGUUCAAAUAAAGGAGUCUCUGUCCAGACAGUCCCAGUCUGAAGCUUCAUCAGCUUCAUCACUUGGACAAGAGGUGUCCAUUGAAAGUAAAAAAUGUGUUGACCCACAGAAAAUGAAAGAACUUCAGAGUAGCACAGAGAUAAAACAUUCUCAAGACUUGGGUUCCAAUGUAAGAGCAGAACCAGAAGCCAGUGUUCAGAACCAAGAAAUGCUAACAGUGCAAGAUGAGGAUACUUCUGCCUUACAAUCAGCAGAGCCUACAGUCCAGAAAAAUUUGGCUACUCCAUUAACCCAAGAUUUGUCUAAGGACACUAGAGUGUCUCAACUUCAUAGUGGCCUGGAUGCACUUGAUGACAGCUCUGACAGUCACAAAAUUGAAGGGAUAGCUGUGUCCCCUUGUGCCAGCGUAGGUGAAGGCGAAGUCCACAUGAGCUCAGAGGACAGUGACAAACAUGAAGGCAUGGCAGAAACUCUGGAUACAAGUCCUGAAAGCCUUUCAUCAUCACCUAAACAGCCAGGUCAAUAUAUUGAAGGAAAGCACUCAAAAAUAGAAACAGUUACAGCCAAAGAUGAGACAAGUACACUGUCUAACUUCUCUUCCACUGGUGCAAAGACAGCUGAUGAUCAGGCAUCUACAACAACUCUUGGAUGCUUGUCUGUGAAAAAUACUCUGGAUUAUCAUGCAAAAAGUGAGUCUGUGUCUGCUUCUCAGGGGAAAACUGUUAAGUUUGUUGAUGAAAAAUUCUCUGUUGAUGAGGACAUUCUUUUGACGUCAUCUAUACCACCAAAAUCUCGAAAACUAAUGAAAAGAGGUUCUGAAACAAUAGACAGUUUUUUGAGUGAUGAAGAGCCAUCAGAUGGUCAUCAACUAUCAACCUCAGCUGACUACCUGUCUACAAGAGCUGCUACACAGGGUUAUAGUGGUUUAGUACUGCCUCUUAGACAUCAAGAUUCAGAGAACAUUAGUCCAGUAGCUGAUGAAUCUAUAACCAUUAGCCAUAAGGACUCAUUAGAAGGUAGCCCCCUUAUGGAAGACAACUCCUCCCAUAAAUCCCCAGACUCAAUUGAACCUAGUCCAACUAAAGACUCCCCAUGCCGUGACUCUCUAGAAAGCAGCCCAAUAGAACAAAAAACCAUCAUGAGCUUGCCUCCUACAGUAGAGCAACCCAGUGUGACUGCAGGGCAGCAGACAUCCUCCAAAACUCCUGAGUUACCCCCAGAAAAUUUGCAUAGACUUCCCAGAGACCAGGAGGGUAGUGUCGACGGUGACAGUUGCGAGCAGACAUCUCAGCUGAAGAGUUCGGGUAAGAGUCCUUUUCCCCCUGACACCCCAAGUUUUGAAGAGGUAAGUUAUGAGCUCAAUCCCAAAACCCCAGACCCUAUGGUCCUUUCCAUGUUCCUAAUUCCAUCUGUCAUACCUGAGGAUGCAGAGGGAGAUGUGUUGAAGUGUGUCAUGACCCAGAGGAAAUUCACCCCUGAGGAAGAGAUGUUUAAAAUGGCUGCCAAAAUAAAAACAUUUGAUGAGAUGGAGCAAGAUGAAAAAGACAGAAAGGGCUAUAGCAAAGAUAUCUUUUCUCAGACCAUGAAUGAGUCUGAAAGACGACAUGAAAGCAUCAUAUUGAUUGGGCCUGAAUUCAAAGUUGAAACAGACUCAGUGGAAGGCCUUGGGCCUACUGAGACAAAACAAGGGUCAGAGGUAGCACAAUCUAAUGAACCUACUAUUAAAGUACAACCUCCCUCUCCUUUUCCAGCAGGUGUGCAUGAGAUCCCUCAAACAUCUGAGGACAUGGCCCACACUGCAGCAUCAACAGAUGAUUCAGCAAUGGAGGGACCUCAGUCUGUCUCAGAAAUGCAUACAGCAAAAGCUCAUCACAUCCCUUUACAAAAAGAAAUGCAGUCACUUAGUAUGAAAGAGUUAGAACAGACCAACAAACAAUUGUUAAGCAAUGAAGGGAUGGACAACAUACCUCUUGAACUAAAAGAGGAAAGCCAGAGAUGGUCAAGGGAAAGCAUAUAUGAUGAUAAGGGUGGAAAGCAGAAAGACGCAUCAGACUACCAAGGAGUUUAUAGAAAAUCACAGAGUCAGAUAGAAAGUAAUAUAACAGAUGACGUUAAAGGUGAUAACAUAAGGCCUGCCGGGAUAUCUGAUCUAGGUUUAAGCAGGGAAAGUUUAAGGGCAGAAACAGAUACUUUGUCUAGUAUUAUGGGGCACGCUAGGGAAACAUUUAAACCAGAAAUAUGUAUUUAUGAUGAUACUGAAGAAGAUGAUUUAGAGGAAGAAUUUCCUAAAACAAAGUCUAGAGGGGUAACUGCAAAAACUCUGGCAGACAACUGGAAUGCUUUGCGGGAAGAUGAUGAUGCCUUUGCAGCAAGAGUCAAAGAAGAGGAGCAAAAGAUUUUAGGUCUGGCAGUAGAUCGACAGUCCCAAGGUGCAACUCCAGACACGACACCGGGAAGGACGCCCACUGAGGACGGCACGCCAACAAGUGAACAAAACCCUUUCCUUUUUCAGGAGGGUAAACUAUUUGAAAUGACUAGAAGUGGGGCGAUAGACAUGACCAAAAGAGGAUAUGAGGAGGAAGGCUUUGCUUAUUUUCAAAUAGGAGAGCAACCAAUUGAAGAGGCUCUUAUAGAAAAUAUUAUAGAAGAACCUGGUGAAGAAAGAGAUGUUGCUAUAAACCUGACUGUGCAGAGUAAACCAGAAGAUGCUAAGGAAUUAUUAAAAGAGGCUACAGACAUAUCCCUUCACUCCACACCUGAAAAUGAUCAAUCAGGUAUAGCUUCUAAGUCAAAUGACUCACAAUCUACUAUCCCAGUUGAAAUAGCUGUUUCUGCUUCACCCCAAACAAGUAAAAACCUCAGUGCAAAAGAUGCUGUAGAAACAAAAACAGACAAGUUAGCUGAAGAAAGUUUGUCAGGGACUGAUCUUGGUACUUCAGACACUAUCAUAACUGAUGUCCAGACAGCAGAGUCAACAGUAACCAGAUCAGUUUAUUCCCAGCAGGACCAAGAGUCCUCAGAUUCCUCCCCAGAGGAGGACCAUUCAGUGAUAGAACUACCUAAGGUCCCUGAAAAAAGAUCCCAAACUUCAAAAAUGAUAUCAAAAUCAAAAACAAAGCCUGAUUCUAAAGGUAAUACUGCAUCUACACAGAAAAGGUCAUCCUUCUCUAAGGAGGAGGAGAAGCCGAAAUCAAGAAUCCCUAUAAAAGCUAGUUCCCACAAAUCAGAGACAGAACAUGAUUUAUCUGUAAAAUCUCCUAAGGAGAAAAAGACUAAAUUGCCUGUAAAACCUGAAACAAGGAGAAAAUCUGAGACAGACACAGGUCCCUCUGUAAGCUCCAGAGUGACAAGGUCUAUCAAAGCCAAGAGCUACUGUGAAAGCGAUUCUACAAAGAAACCAGCAAAAAAGGACCAGGGUCGUCCAGCAGGUACUGAGUUGCCCAACAAAUAUAAGACAUUACCAUCAAAGCUACCUGUCAGGGGAAAGCCUGGCCAACCAACUCAAACCACAACAACUGGCAAAAAAGAGCAGCCAUCCGAGAAGUGCAAGAAGCCUAUUGAUUUUUUUGAGGAGAUUAGUGAUGAGGCAGCUAAACUAGUGGAGAGGUUGGCCCAAGCAGAAAAAGAGAAAGAGGAGGCCGCUGACAUUUCGGACGAUGAAAGCAGCACCAUAGAUGUCUCAGUAAUAGAAAGUGAGCCUUUCCCUGACAUGCAGAUGCCUCUUCCUGAGGACCCAUUGGUCAUUAGGCCUCGAUGGGACGACCCUGUUGAGACGCAGAUGGAAAGAAUCCCUGCUGAUAAAGCCCAAGUCCAAACGGAUCCACAGGAUGAGCUUGACAGGAAGGAAGGACGAUUGGCUGUAAUGGCUGAUCAUCUUGGUUUCAGCUGGACAGAGCUGGCUCGUGAACUUGGUUUUGAUGAAGAGCAGGUCAAUCGGAUAAGAGUAAAGAAUCCAAACUCAUUACAAGACCAAAGUCAUGCACUCAUAAGACAAUGGACAAAAAGAGAAGGAACAAAUGCUACAGAAAGCAUUUUGAUCUCAAAGCUCACAAAGAUUAACCGUAUGGACAUUGUACAUCUCAUCGAAACAAAGAUUAUACAGUCCACUCAGGACCACUCAUCACACACCUAUGCAGAAAUGGAGCAGUCUAUAUCACUGGACCACAGUGAGGGUUUUUCAGCUCUACACGAGGACAUCGAUAGCCCUAAGCCAGUCCGCCACACAGAGCUCACUUCAAGAAUGCCAAAGUCUGGGCUUCAGCCUCCUUUAGUAUCUGUUGAGGAUCUCUCUUCUAGUGUAUCUUCGCUCAAUGAUAGCCAGAAGGAGAAGUCACAGCUGCAGAUAGACAAAACUGAAGAGGUGGCUGCAGGCUCAACACUGUCUGGUUUUGAGAUGUUUGGUCUAAGACAACAGUUCCCUGGCACAGUUAAAAAAGAAAUAGCAGCGGAGCUAGGCUUGCUGUCUGAUAGUUCAGAGGAAGAGGUGUUGACCACCCGAGUGGUACGACGCAGAGUUAUAAUCCAGGGAGAUGAAUUGCCGGAAAUUUCCCCCUACACAGUGACUGAGGAGCAAUACACAGAUGAGCAUGGAAACAUAGUCACCAAAAAGAUCACAAGGAAAAUUAUCCGCAAGUAUGUGUCUGCUGACGGAGUAGAGCGAGAGGAAGUGAUAGAGGAGGGAGCUCAGCAAGAAGCUAUCACUGUAGAUGAUGCUGAUGGUUUUUCCAAAGUGUUGAAAAGGACAGUAGUGAGGAGUGCAGGAGACCAGACCGAGGUGACGUUUUCUGAAACGGCACCUGUUGGCAAGGCAACAGCCUCCGGGUUUGAAGGAGAGAAUGCCGAAGGUCGUAAAGUAAGUAAGGUCAUCAAAACCAUGAUGGUGCAGGGUGAGAGGAUGGAAAAGCAGAUUGGUGACCCCUCGUUGUCAGCAGACCUCCCUUCGGCAAAAGAAGACUUUGAAAAGGCUUUGAGUUAUGCAGGAGGCUUUGACAAAGUUCUCUUGCCUCAUUUAGUGGAGAAAGAGAUCAUGAAGGAGGAUGGAUCUAUAAUCAGAAGGACCCAGAUGCGUAAGACACGCACUCAGAAGAAGACCGUGGUGAGGGACGGCCAAAGCAAACACAUCCACCUGGAGCAACUGGAGGACACUCCGGAGUCCCUACAACCUGACGACCUGCAGCAGCAUCUACACCAACUGCUCCAACGCUACUGCACACCAGAAGUGGAAGAGGAAGAGGAGGAGAAGGUUGAUGAAGAGGAGGCAGAGGAGGUGAAGGAGGGAGAGGAAAAGCAGGACACAAAUGACUGAUUUUCUAUUACCUUUCCAUUUAUUUGCGCUGUGGCAAGCCUCCCAAAAUCCUUGGCAGAAUAGAUCAGAUUGUGACCCAUAUCCUCUUUUGUCACUUCAUCUCUCAAUAUCACCAUGCAAGCGACUUCCCCUGUUCUGGACCCUUCUUUUUGUGUGUGUGUGUGUGUGUGUUUAUUUAUAUGUAAAUUUUUUUUCCUCUGUUGCAAAACAGAAAAGAUUUGUGUGUGAGAAUGUUUUUUCUUCAUGUGAUUUUUUCCUAUUUUUUCUUACUUUGUGACCAAAGAUACCUUUUACCUUAUUUUAAAUUAACAUAAUCUUAAAUAUGGGGAGGGGGGAAGCAACUAAACAUCAUCUUGGACAUUACUCACCUUCACAAACCCCUUUUUCUUUAAGAGCUGAAAUAAGGAGAUGUGUAAAUAGAUUGGAAACGGAAAAAAAUAUCCCAACAUGCACUGCACUGUCUAACGUACUGCGGUUAAACGUGUUACGGUUCAUUAGCUCAAAUUCUGUCCACAGGCUUUGGAUAACAUGACUUUUAAAUGUCUGUUACUGGGGCAGCUUCACAUCUGGACAGUAUUGAGAUAAAAAGAAAAAAAGAAAAAAAAAAAAAAAGAGAGAACACAUGGAACGAACUGUGUUCCAUGUAGUUCAUCACGAUACCCAGAAUGAGCUUGAGCAAUUUAUAUGUAGUUUAAAUGUAAAUUCACGUUAAAAAAUAGAAAAUGAAAAAAAAAAAAAAAAAAAAAGCCAGCUUUUAAUGUGCUUUCUGGGACUCAUAUUGAAUGAAAGCUUAGCACAUUGUUCCUAACUCAUGCUUGUUUUCUGUUGGUUCUUCACAUAAUGUUAUAAAGAGCGACAACAGCUUUGCACAGUGGAUUCAGUCUGCCCUAUUUACUCUGUGUGUGUGUGUGUGUGUGUGUGCGCGCGUGUGUUUCUUCACCAUGUUAAUCUCCAGUCACAACACGGCUACUCCUCGUCUGCACGUAAGCAAGUAGCAAUCAUUAAAGGCAACUUUAUCAGACAAUUCUGUUGCUCCCUCCAAUUUUUCGACAUGUUCUCUAACACACAUUUUAUUGUUUUCCAUUUACGUUUACCAAGUAGUGCAAAAUGAAGGAAGUCAGCUAAAAAUGCUUUAGUAUUUCACUGUGAUGCUAGAUCGAUUCUCCUGUAAGAAAUAUGAACUCAGAAGAGCGCUAUAAAUAUUAAGACAAAAAACAUCUAGAACAAAGAGCAAAUUCAAAUGAUGUGCUGUACAUGAAAUUUAUCACUGUUAAUACUACGGAUUUUAGGAACGGAAAACCUAAACCCAAACUGAAAUAUUUCCCUUAAAUUAUUUGCAUGUUUCACAUUAUUUAAAGAUUUUUUUGUUUCUUAAGUAAGUGCCUCCCCUAAGCUUCCACACUUCAUAUAAAGACUAACUGUAACUGUAACAACAAAACAACAUUAUGAGCAAGCAAUGCAGCGACACUUAUCUGCUAUUAGAUUAACUCUUUAGAUUAAAACAAACCCUAAAUAAUGCCACCUCCUCUCUUGGUUGUAGAUGUGCUACUGCUGUGUGACACGACCCUUCAAGCUUUUGGCUAAAUCUGAUCGAUUCGGUCUGAAUACUUUUGGUAUUAAAAUCACACACAGGGAAAUCCCUAAGGAAACAGUCUGACACACAAAAAAGAGACACUGAAAUGUGAUGAAAAAUUAAGGGGCAAAUUUUUAACUUUUCAUGUUUCAAGUUUCUCUUGCCUCACAUAUCAGGAUCAACUCUUCUUGCUGCAAAUGUUUUAAUAUCACUGAUAAGUAAACAGCUAAAAAGUGAGACUGUAAACUACAAUCUCUCGCUUUUGGGUUGUGAGUCUUUAUCCUUUAAUAUACCCGUUUCUACCUAUAAACAACGGUUGUAGUGAAUGCAGUGGUAGCAGUUUUAUUAUCUUCCAGUGUUUGGUGAAUCUGUCAGAUUUCGAUGGUUUAUUUACAGUGACCAUGACAACACGUGUUGGCUCCGACGGCCAGAAAGGUACAACCUCCGUCUCAACCCGAGAAGGCAUGAGUAACAACUAAUCCCAAGUUUGUUUGUUUUUUUGUUGACUCCGACUUCUUCGCUCCCACAUUUUGUUCAAUGCCCAUAGAGAAUGUGUACAAGUGUGUAUGUGAAACUUUCAGUGGUCUUUAUGAGUAGCAAGUUAAUCUUUUUUAUAAUGGACAUUUAGCAUGUGUACUAUGAAGCCAUUCUUGAAAUUUUAUUUCAAGCUUCAAAUGAAACUCCUUUGUGUGUAAUUCAUCGGGGAGGUCUGGGGGAGGCGUGUAGCCCGACUCGGAGUUAAGCUGAUUAAUAAUUUACGCAGCGCAGGACAUUUACUGUUUGAAAACAACGGCUGUUUCAUGAAUAAGCAUCUUGUUUCUAGGCUGAUGAAAACAUCUAUAAAGGCAUGUGUUCAUGACUAAUACACAAAAACAGCAGCUGCAGUGUAUAAAUGAUGGAUAAUAAAUGAUAUCAUGUAGAUCAA